CUUCCCUCCAGUUUCCUCCACGUGAGAGAGCGAGAGAGAAGCACAGUAGCAGACGAUGGCCCAGGGCAAGGAGAUUGAGAAUGGGCCACAGAAGGAGACAGAGAAGGAAAAGGAAGGCAGAGAGAAGAGAACAUUAAUGGCGUCCAGUCUUAAGGAUGGGGUGACCAAUGGUGUGUUGGAGGAGGAAGAAAAAGCAGAAAGAGAAACGCAGGAGAAGAUGAAAGAUGGAGGAAGAGGAGGAGGAGGAGAAGAAGAAGAAGAGGAGGAGGACAAGAAGAAGAAGAAGAAGGAGGAGGAGGAAGAGAGCUUAGGCCUACAGGAAUAUGGAUUUACUGUCAAGAUUAAGCCUCCUACUGGUGAUAUAUUUGAAAUUCAGGUGAGCAGUAUGGAGUUGGUUUACGAGAUUCACCAACUGCUAAUGGACCGAGAGGACACCUGUCAGCGUACCUGCUUCUCGUUACACCUGGACGGAAAUAUUUUGGAUAACUUUGCCGAACUGAAGAGCAUUGAAGGGUUAACGGAGGGCUCAGUGAUCCGCGUACAGGAGGAACCUUACACUGUGCGGGAGGCCAGAAUUCACGUACGUCAUGUUCGCGACCUUCUGAAGUCCCUGGAGCCCAUUGACGCAUACAACGGGAUCGACUGUGCUUCUCUGUCCUUCUUGCAUGUGGUGACGCAAGGGGACAUCCUGGGGGAGUCCUAUAAGAAGAAAGGAGCUGUGGAAAGUGUGGACUGCACUCCCCCAAAGUACAUCCUGCCCAACAGCAAGGAGCGCCCCCUGCUGCCCCUCCAGCCCUUCGCCAAGGAACACAAGUCCCCGCAGUGCCUCAAGGUGUUGACCAUCAGUGGCUGGAACCCGCCCCCUGGCCCCCGGAAGCUGCACGGUGACCUGCUGUACUUAUCAGUGGUGACCUUGGAGGGCCGCCAUCACCACAUUACUGCCUCCACCUGGGGAUUCUACCUCAACCAGACGACAGAGGGGGAGUUUAACCCGAAGCCAGCCAACCCCUGCUACUUGUGCCACUCCCUCAUUGAUCUCCUGAACACUCUCUCGCCAGGAUUCAAACGUAAUUUCGCCAACCUGCAGAAGAAGAGGAGCGCCCGUCACCCUUUUGAACGGGUCGCCACCCCCUACCAGGUGUACACAUGGGCAGCACCCCCCCCGGACCAUGGCAUAGACGCGCUGAGGGCCGAGGACGCAUACAGCAGCAAAUUAGGUUACGAGGAACACAUCCCCGGCCAGACACGGGAUUGGAACGAAGAGCUUCAGACAACGAGGGAGCUGCCGAGACGCACCCUGGCAGAGAGAUUGGUCAGGGAGAGGGCCAUGUUUAAGGUACACUCGGAUUUCGUGGCGGCAGCAACACGCGGAGCCAUGGCUGUUAUUGACGGCAACGUGAUGGCGAUCAACCCUGGCGAGGACCCGAAAAUGCAGAUGUACAUUUGGAACAAUAUUUUCUUCUCCUUGGGGUUCGACGUUCGUGACCACUACAAGGAAGUCGGUGGAGACGCAGCAGCGCACGUGGCCCCUCGUAACGACCUCCAGGGGGUGCGCGUGUACGGCGUUGUGGACCAGGAGGGGCUGUACACCCUAGGGACAGCCGUGGUCGACUACCGUGGCUAUCGUGUGACGGCACAGUCGAUAAUCCCAGGUAUAUUGGAACGCGAGCAAGAGCAGUCUGUCGUUUACGGGUCAAUUGACUUCGGAAAGACUGUCGUGUCGCAUGACAAGUACCUGGAGCUGCUGCGGUCCGCCGGGCAGACCCUAAAGGUGCUGCCCCAUUCGGUGCUCAACGACAAAGGGCAGGAAGUGGAGCUGUGUUCGUCCGUGGAAUGCAAAGGAAUUAUUGGUAACGAUGGACGACACUACAUCCUUGACCUCCUUCGUACGUUCCCCCCUGACAUCAAUUUCCUGCCAGGGGUGGAGGGGGCGGUGGUAGGGGAUGCUGCCAGGACCCUAGGCUUCCCCAUGGCUCACUGUCACAAGCUGGCAACCCUCAGGCAAGAGCUGGUGGAUGCUUUUGUGGAUAACCGGUACAUGACCUUUUUGAAGAUGGCAGCACUUCACCUCCAGCGGCUCAGGGCCCAGAAGGAGGAGGAGGUGGGGAAGAAGAAGAAGGAGGAGGAGGAGGAGGAGGUGGAGGCAAGCAAGGAGGAGGGCAAGGAAGAGAAGAAGGAGAACAAGGAGAAGGAGGAUAAGGAAAAGGAAGAGAAGGAGGAGGAGGAGAAGGAGAAGGAUGAAGCUGAGAAGGAAGAUGAGAAGAUUGAGGAUAAGGAGGAGGAAGAGAGGGUGGAGAAGGAGGAUGGUGAGAAGGAGAGCAAGGAGUUUGAGGCAGAGGCAGCCAAGAAGAUGGUGGAGUCAGCAAGGGAGAGCCUGGCAGCCGACACAGGGGAGGAGAACACCAGGAACGUGAUCCGCUCUGCAGCGGCGGCCGUGGGGUCCCUCAAGGAAACCGACUUUGACAUCCGCUUCAACCUGGACGCCUUCUCCCCCGGCGUGCGGCACCCACCGGGGGCCGAGGGGCGGCUGGCCAAGGAGAGGCGGCUCAUCUGCGACGCGGCAGACUUCCUGGUGGAACAGCAGAUCCCCGGCCUGCUGGCGGACCUGUCGGACCACAACGCCGCGCCCAUGGAUGGGGCGGCGCUGUGCCACGCCAUGCACGCCCGCGGCAUCAACAUCCGGUACCUGGGGGUGGUGGCGGAGCGGCUGGGCGCGGCGGACAGCCUGGGGCACCUGCACAGCCUGGCGGUGGGGGAGGUGGUGACGCGGUGUGCUCGCCACGUGCUGCGGGGGCUGCUGCAGGCGGUGGAGGCCAUGAGCCUGGCCUGCGCCGUGGCACACUUCCUCAACUGUUACCUGUCGUCCUGCGUCAGCCCCCACGCCGCCGCCCGCAACGAGGAGCUGCUGUCCAAGCGGCGGCGGCGGCGGCCUCCCUUCAGCGGCGGGGGGUCGCAGUGGGCCUCCAUGACGCCACGGUCACUGUGGGCACAGCUGCGGGCCGAGGCGCAGGAGUACUACGGCUUUGAGCUGCAGGGGGAGGGCGUGGACGCCGUGGUGCAACGCUACGGCCUGCAGAAGGUGACCCUGCUGCGGGCGCUGUGCCUCAAGUGCGGCGUGCAGGUGCUGCUGCGGGACUACAGCCUGGACGGCCGGCAGACGGAGGCCUUCACAGAGGCAGACGUCAUCAACCUGCAGCCGGUGGUGAAGCACUGCAACCCUCGGGCCACGGAAGCCCUGGGCCUGUACAGCGCCGGCCAGGCCAAGACCCAGCAGGGCUUCCUGAAGGACGGCUACGGCCUGAUCAGCGAGGCACUGGCCCUGCUGAACAGCGUGUACGGCGCCGUGCACCCCGAGACGGCCCAGUGCCUCAGGACGCUGGCCCGCCUCAACUACAUCAUGGGCGACCACCUGGAGGCGCUGGCCCUGCAGCAGAAGGCCGUGCUCAUGAGCGAGCGCGUCAACGGCAUCGACCACCCCCAGACCGUGGCGGAGUACGUGCACCUGGCGCUGUACUGCUUCGCCGCGCAGCAGGUGAGCACCGCGCUGCGCCUGCUGUACCGCGCCCGCUACCUGCUGCUGCUGCUGGGCGCCGAGGGCCACCCUGAGAUGGCCCUGGUGGACAGCAACAUCGGCCUCAUCCUGCACGCCGUGGGCCAGUACGGCCUGUCUCUGCAGUUCCUGGAGGCCGCGCUUCACCUCAACCUGCGCUUCCACGGCAGCCGCAGCCUGAAGGCCGCGGUGACCCACCACCUGGUGGCGCGCACCCAGAGUUGCCUCGGGGACUUCCGCGCCGCGCUGCGCCACGAGAAGGAGACCUUCGCCAUCUACCGCACCCUCCUGGGGCCGGACCACGACAAGACCAGGGAGGCCGACGAGUGCCUGCGCCACCUCACCCAGCAGGCCGUUGUCAUGGCCAAGAAGAUCAGCGAGGCUUUCGGCGGCGGCGGUGGACGGUCGGCAGCAGUGGCGGCGGCCUCGCUGGGGCUGCCGCCGGUGCAGAUCCAGCCGCCGUCGCUGAGCAGCGUGCUGGACCUGCUCAACGUGAUCAACGGCAUCAUGUACGUGCAGAUCACCGCCGAGGAGAUCGAGCGACUCAGGGCGGAGAUCGAGAAGGGCCAAGCGCAGGCCGCACACCUCGACGCUGCCGCUGACCACCACCACCACCACCAGCAGCAGCAGCAGCAGCAGCAGCACGACAGCUCCCUCGCCCUGGCAGAGGAGGGCGCCAAGAGUGAGGAGGAGGGAACCGCCAGCCGGUGAAACCCGCCAGCCACGCCACGCGCUGCCGCUGCCGCUGCCGUCGCUGCUGCUGCUGCCUGCACGUGGCACUGGCCCACGUGGCACUGGCAGGCCAGCUGAGUGCCGCCGGGGAGAGAGGGAGAAGUUGCUGUUGUGUUUUGGGUGAAAGUUUUGCACAAAAUCAAAAGUUUCUGAGAUGGAAAAGUUGUAAUGGAUGUUUGUGUGUUGGUUUGUUGGUUUGUUGUUGGUUUUGGAGAGAAAUUAAAGGAAAAAACACAAAAAUUAUUAAAAAAGCAUAAAUGACUCAGUGUUUUGUUAUUUUUGCUCAAAAUGAAAUGAGAAAGUUUGCACAAAAAUUUAAGAGAAAACAGAAAAAAUAUUGAAAAUACUGAAAAUAUUGAAGAAAACUGAAAAAUUAUUGUACAUUUAUGAAAUUAUUGAAGAAAAAGUGAAAAAUUAUUGUACAUUUAUGAAAUUAUUGAAGAAAAGUGAAAAAUUAUGUACUUUUAUGAAAUUAUGGAAGAAAAGGUAAAAAAUUAUUGUACUUUUAUGAAAUGAUUGAAGGAAAACAAGAAUUAUCGUACGUCUAUGAAAUUAUCGUACAUUCAUAUCAUUGUUGUGCUCAGAUGAUGCAUAUAACUUGACUUUGUGGAAAUAAAUGAAUAAAAAGCCUGGAAAUUACUGAAAUAGGCAUAGAGAAAUUAAGAAAAGCAAGAAAUAGGCCUAAGAAAUUGUAGAAUAACAGAUUUAUGAAGGGCAAAUGAAAAAUAAGUGUAUAUAUAAACAGAUAUAAGCAGAAAAUGAAAAAAAAAACAGGCCUAAAAAAAUGUGAAUAAAGGGAGAUUUAUAAGAAAAAAUAUCAAGAAGAAAAGAAAUAGGCCUAAAGAAAUGGGAAAUAAGAGAGAUUUAUGAAGAAGAAAUGAAAAAUAAACUUGUAAAUAGUAAAGGUGACACAAAUAGACAUAGAAAAAUAUAAAGAAAAACAAGAAAUAAGCCUAAAAAUUUUGAAUAGGCCUAAAAAUGUGAAAUAAGGGAGAUUGAAGAAGAAAAAGAAAAAGAAACUUGUAAAUAUUAAAAUGUCACAAAUAGACAUAGGAAAAUAUACACAAAUAGACAUUGGAAAAUAUAAAGAACAGUAAAUAGGCCUAAAAAUUUAAAUAGGCCUAGAAAUGUGAAAUAAGAGAGAUUUAUGGAGAAAAAAAGAGAAAAAAAUGUAAAUAUUAAAAUGACACAAAUAGACAUAGGAAAAUAUAAAGAAGAACAAUAAGUAGGCCUAAAGAAUUGGAAUAGGCCUAAAAAUGUGAAAUAAGAGAUUUAUGAAGAAAAAAUGAAAAAUGAACUUGUAAAUAUUAAAAUGACACAAAUAGACAUAGGAAAAUAUAAAGAAAAACAAUAAAUAGGCCUAAAGAAUUGGAAUAGGCCUAAAAAUGUGAAAUAAGGGAAAUUUAUGAAGAAAAAAAACAUGUAAAUAUUAAAAUGACACAAAUAGACAUAGGAAAAUAUAUAGAAAAACAAUAAAUAGGCCUAAAAAACUGGAAUAGGCCUAUAAAUGUGAAAUAAGAGAGAUUUAUGAAGAAAAAAAGGAAAAGAAACUUGUAAAUAUUAAAAUGACACAAAUAGACAUAGGAAAAUAUAAAGAAGAACAAUAAAUAGGCCUAAAGAAUUGGAAUAGGCCUAAAAAUGUGAAAUAAGGGAGAUUUAUGAAGAAAAAAAGAAAAAAAGCUUGUAAAUAUUAAAAUGACAAGAAAAAGUAAGGAAAUAAAACAAGAUAGGCCUAGAAAAAGUUUAAAUUUAUAUAAAGGAGAAAUUUAACCUUGAAAUUUGAAAAAAAAAUGUUUAUAAGAAUGUAUUAAAUGUUUUUGUGGGGCAUUUAAACUGACAUUUAAAUAUGAGGGCAUUUAAAUAGAGAGAGAGAGAAAAAAACACGAACACACAAACGCAGAGAGAGAGAGAGAGAGAGAGAGAGAGAGAGAGAGAGAGAGAGAGAGAGAGAGAGAGGUACAGGUGGCGGUGGUGGUGGUGGUGGCAGUGAAGUAGGAGUGAUUAAAGUGGUAUAGUCAUUAUUAGAAACACUAUUAAUAUCUAAACAAUUUUCUAUGAAGUAUAGUUUUGUAUACACAGAGAAAACACACGUACGUACACACAGACACAGCCCCUGGUCAGGUAUACAUGUGUACGUGUGUGUGUGUGUACGUGUGUGUGCGUGGUCAGGGGCUGUGUGUGUGUAUAGAGGUGUGUACGUGCGUGUGUGUGUAAUUAAUAUAGGCUUGUAUAUACAGAUUUGUGCUUCGUGUAUAAAAAGAUUAUUUGUGUGGUUAUUUAUGUUAUUUUUAUUAUUUUUUGUGAUUUUUUUGCAUUUUUUGAUUUUUAUUAUUUUUUUGUAAUUUUUUUUUGCAUUUUUUUGUGUUUUUUGGUGCAAUAAUUUUUUUUUUUUUUUUUUUUUGUCAAAUUGUCGUACUUUUUUUAAUGUAUUCAAGUGCAAUAUUGUUUGUUUGUUUAUUUAUUUAUUUAUUUAUUUAUUAAUAAGACAAUAUUGGUAAUGAUUUCUCAAGUGCAAUAUAUAUUUUUCUCUAUUUUUUUUAUUUUAUUUAAUUUUUACUAGGAAUUUUUGUUCAUAUUUUCAGUUUUUUCAAAGUUUAAUUAUAUAUUUUCAGUUUUUUUCAUUUUUUUUUUAUUUAUGAGGGAAAAUAAUCAGUUUUUUUUUCUUUUCCCGUUUUUUUUUCAAGAUUUUUCCAAUUUUUUGAGUGCCAUAUAGUCCAAUUCACCAAUACAGCUCUUGCAUCACCCUGUAGAUCUAAUUUUUCAUUAUUUAUUUAUUUUUUUUUCAAUACAAUUAUACAUUUUUCACACAUCAGGAAAAUAUUGCAGCUAAUAUAUAUAUUUUUUUUCAUAUUCAUUAUUAUUAUUAUUAUUUUUUUUUUUUCGUGCUGUGUUUUCCAGUCACCCAUACAACUUUUGGAUCACCCUGUAUGGAAAAAAAAUAUCGUACAAUUUAAUUUCCAUUCUUUCUGGUCACCCAUGCAACUUUUGGAUCACCCUGUAUGGAAAAAAAUAUCGUACAAUUUAAUUUCCAUUUUUUUCUGGUCACCCAUACAACUUUUGGAUCACCCUGUAUGGAAAAAAAAUAUCGUACAAUUUAAUUUCCAUUUUUUUCUGGUCACCCAUACAACUUUUGCAUCACCCUGUAAGGA